AUGCCUCUCAUUGACCAGCUACUCUCCUACAAGACAACCGCCUAUAGCACUCGGUUUCAAACGGGAAGGAAGCUUAGUGUUGGAGGAGUCAUCACGCCAAUCCUCUGUGCAGCUGGAGUCCAUUUGGACAAGAGAAGGUCUACUCCAGCAGGAUGGAUGGACAUUAAGUUUUGCAAGACCAACCUCCUCAUUGAACACAAGGAGUUGGAUGGGAGGUUCCAAUUCAAGUUCACUCAUCCAUUGGCUGGCCCUUCCAAGCUUCUUCUGCCCAACCCUGAGCUCACCACGGUUCUAGGAGAGGAGCCUGAACUCGAUCGAGCUGAGGAUCGAGUUGAGGACAACGCUCAUGUGAAUGCGGAUUUGGGUGAGCCUGAGUGCUAUUAUUUUGAGGAGUAUGAGGCUCCAAGGAUGAACCCCUCUGUUGUGGCUGCCCACAAGAGGAUUGGACUUCUCCAAAGGUUCAACAAGUGGCAAGGGAAAGCCAUGGAAAGAUGCAAAAGUCCAUGGACAAGAUGGUGA